CAAGUAUGUGCAUCUUUCAAUUCUCCUCCAAGCAAGUGAAUAGCUUUUCCGGCACGCGAGCAUAAAUUAAAUUGCCUCUGUAUAUCAGCAACUGAUUACGUAACCUUAUCAAAAGUAAACAAUUUGUGUUUCACACAUGUUUGCAAUCUUUAUUUGACAACAAGCCAUUAUCAAUUGACGACCGGCCCACUUACUUGGAAUACGAACUUGAUUUAUUCGUUUCAGUAAUCUAAUUUUAAUUGUUUACAAUUUCAACAUGAACUUUGACCCGAGUUAGCAGUUCCAAUCCCAGAUAAGCUUGCUUUUUGGGUCUGGUUCUAGAGCACGGAAGUUGAAGUCAGAGUCUCAUACGUGACGGACCGUGCAAAAAACUAGUCAACAAAAAUAUAAAAAAAUAAACCUCUUCAGAAUUUAAUUUGAGUUGCAAAGAUGCAACUUGCAGUGUUAUUUUACCUCUUCCUGGCUGGAAAUUUGUAUUCCCAGCUAGAACCGGUUGAGGGAUACAAAAUACUGGCUGUGUAUUCCUUUCCAGGCAAGUCCCAUUUUAUGAUGCACAAGGCUUUGAUGAGGGAACUCGUCGAAAGUGGUCAUCAGGUGACCAUGAUUACUGCCAUAUCUUUGGAGAAAGAGGAACUUGGCAGCAACUACACGGAGAUAUUGAUAGAACCGGUCUAUGAUUUCUGGCACGACGUUAAGCUGAACUUUGGAGCCCAGCACUUAUUCGAGCUGACCCGCAUGACCAUCUAUGAUUUCCUAAAAAUGCUGGAGAUUAUCGGGGUGAAAACCACGGAACAUGCUCUACGACAGCCCAAGGUUCAGGCCCUCAUCAAUGCCAAGCAGACGGACGGAGUCUUUGAUCUUCUACUGGCGGAGCAGUUCUACCAGGAGGCCUUCUUGGCCCUGGCUCACGUCUACAAAAUACCCGUUGUGACCUCUGGUACGUUGGACUUUGAGAACCACAUGAGCCAGAUGAUGGGUCUGAUAACCCCUUGGUCUUUUGUGCCUCACGGCUUUAUGCCCUACACCGAUCGCAUGAGUUUCCUAGAACGUGUGCAGAACUCCUAUGUGUCGUUCUAUGAAGAUAUGAAUAGGCUGCUCAACUAUUUCCCAAAAAUGGAUGCGGUGGCCAAGGAGUUUUUUGGCCCUGUUUUGGGUGAGGUGCCAAAGGUCAAGCACAUGGAACAGGAAAUCUCAGUGAUGCUGCUCAACAGUCACGCACCGCUGACCACGGCACGUCCCACCGUGGAUGCCAUGGUGUCGGUGGGUGGCAUGCACAUCUAUCCACCCAAAGCUCUGCCGGCUGACAUGCAAGCCUUCCUGGACGGGGCCACCGAGGGCGCCAUCUUCUUCAGCUUGGGCAGCAAUGUCCAGAGCAAGGAUAUGCCCGCGGAGAUGCUGCGACUGUUCCUGCAGGUAUUCGGCUCCCUCAAACAGCGGGUUCUUUGGAAAUUCGAGGACGAGAGUAUUCGCCAGUUGCCGGAAAAUGUGAUGGUGAGGAAGUGGCUGCCACAGGCGGAUAUUCUGGCCCAUCGCAACGUGAAGGUUUUCAUCACCCACGGUGGAUUGUUUGGCACCCAGGAGGGAGUGCAUUAUGCCGUUCCAAUGCUGGGCAUUCCCUUCUACUGCGACCAGCACCUUAAUAUGAACAAGGCCGUUUUGGGUGGAUACGCCAUUAGCCUGCACUUCCAGUCGAUUACCGAAGAAGUCCUGCGACACUCCCUGCUCCAACUCAUCCAUAAUGCCACCUAUAAGGAGAAUGUGCAGAGGGUCUCUGACAUUUUUCGCGAUCGACCGCAGGAGCCGCGCAAAACUGCCGUCUAUUGGAUCGAAUAUGUCAUCCGGCAUCGGGGUGCACCGCACAUGCGAUCCGCAGGCCUGGAUCUCAACUGGUUCCAAUUCUAUCUGCUCGAUGUGAUGGCCUUUGUGGCCGCCAUUGUCUUGGCAGGAAUACUGGCUCUCUCGUUGGCCAUUAGAUUGCUAAUGGGCAGUAAUAAGAAGCACAGGAAGGUUAAAAAAAAUUAGUACUCGUGAAUUUAAGCAAACGUUUUAGAAAUUUGACUUGCAAAAUAAAACAUUUGAAAACAUAAAAAAUUGUA